AUGCCGCAGUUCACCUUCGCCUGUUUCUGCGGCCUCCAUGGCUUCUGCAAGAUGAAGCGGAAGAAGGAAGAGGCUGGUGGGGGGCAGGAGACGGCCGUGUGA